GGGCCGCGCGGAGCGGGGGCCGGGGCGGGAGGGGUGGGUGGGGGGAGGGUUGGGGGCGAGAGAGAAAGUAACUCCAGGACGAGACCGGAGCGACCCGCGCAGCGAGCAUAGGCGGCGAGGCUGCGCCCGGCGCCCGAGACCGGCGGCUGCGGGGGGGCGGGAGCUGCGCCCGAGCCCGAUCCGCCGCUCCGGCUCCGAGCAGUGGUCUCGGGGAAGGGGUCGUUGUCCAGCACAGAUGCGUUUGUCGGACGGAGCAGUGGAGGUUCGCGUCAAGGCGUACAGCCUGGGGCUUCCAAUGAUACUCUGGGCAGCGAUGGAAGCCUAGAUGCCUCACCGCAAGGAGCGGCCGAGCGGGUCCUCGCUUCACGCCCACGGCAGCACCGGCACCGCGGAGGGAGGAAGCAUGUCUCGGUUGUCUCUCACCCGGUCGCCUGUGUCUCCCCUGGCCGCCCAGGGGAUCCCACUGCCAGCCCAGCUCACUAAGUCCAACGCACCCGUGCACAUCGACGUGGGCGGCCACAUGUACACCAGCAGCCUGGCCACGCUCACCAAGUACCCUGACUCCAGAAUAAGCCGCCUCUUCAAUGGCACUGAACCCAUCGUCCUGGACAGUUUGAAGCAACAUUAUUUUAUCGACCGGGACGGGGAGAUUUUCCGCUAUGUUCUGAGCUUCCUGCGGACGUCAAAGCUGCUACUCCCAGAUGACUUCAAGGACUUCAGCCUGCUGUACGAGGAGGCGCGUUACUACCAGCUGCAGCCCAUGGUGCGCGAGCUGGAGCGCUGGCAGCAGGAGCAGGAGCAGCGGCGCCGCAGCCGGGCCUGUGACUGCCUGGUGGUGCGGGUCACGCCGGACCUGGGGGAGCGGAUCGCGCUCAGCGGCGAGAAGGCCCUCAUCGAGGAGGUCUUCCCCGAGACCGGGGACGUCAUGUGCAACUCGGUCAACGCCGGCUGGAACCAGGACCCCACGCACGUCAUCCGCUUCCCGCUCAACGGCUACUGCCGGCUCAACUCGGUGCAGGUCCUGGAGAGGCUGUUCCAGAGGGGUUUCAGCGUGGCUGCGUCCUGCGGGGGUGGCGUGGACUCCUCCCAGUUCAGUGAAUAUGUGCUUUGCCGGGAGGAGCGGCGACCGCAGCCCACCCCCACCGCUGUCCGAAUAAAGCAGGAGCCCCUGGACUAGGCCCUGCCUCCGUGCGCACCUGAGGCCCCUUGGCCCUGGGGACACCCCCAAGGACCUGGAAACAGUGCUGGGGAGUUCUGCCUAUGCCUGCUUAGCGGUGGGCAUGAGACUGAGGGUCGGGCUGGAGGGUCCAAAGCCUGCCCGGGGAGCCCCAAGGCCCCAGGUGUCAUGGCAACAGAAUGUGGGAUGCUGGAGGCAUGCCCCCUGAAGGACUGUUGAUGUGACCCAAAGAUGCCAAGGUGGGAACUCCGCCGCCAGUUGUCUGGGCCCCGCGGCUCCCAGUCCGGUGCAGCAUCCUCAAGGGUCGGCAUGUGCCAAGGCAGGGUCAGCAGAGGCCUCCCCAGUCCACUCCAGAGGAGCUGUCCAUCCUUCUCCACGCGGCAGACUCCAGUGCGUCUCCUUGCGUCAGAGAUGGCUUAUUUUUCUACAGUAUUUAAGAUGGAAGUAACUGUAAGUGCACAAGUCAGAGAGGCUGACAAGGACCAAUGCUUCUUUAUGUGGUGCUCAGCUCAGUUGGACGCGCAGCAUGUCUGCAUGGGGGGGGGUGGAAGAGCUGCCAGACACUCGAGCCCAGGGGCCCGCAGAGCGGGGCUUCGAGACUUCUGGUCCCUGCUCUAGGGACAGAUACAGGGAUGGCAGUGCCAUAGGGGCUGAAACUGGACCCCCACGGGGUGGGGCUGCUGGGAAGACGGUGAUACGGGGGUGGGGGAUGGAUGGCUCUGGAACCAUUUGAGACCCUACCUUUGCUGCCGCCUGGGGCACAGGCCACACUUGAGAGUCACCUGACCUACGACUGCCCAGGGACUUCGAUUCCCAUCUGUGUGUGUGUGUGUGUGUGUGUGUGUGUGUGUGUGUGUGUGUACACCUGGGCUCCCGGAGAAGUCUCUCCCCAUCGGGACCAGCCACGGGGCCACAAUGCAUCCUUACCUCAGGAAUGGGUCCCACGGUGAAGGGGCCCAUCUGUCAGCAGCAUCCUCUGGGUCCCAGCUCAGGAAGCCGUCCCCAGCUCUGAUUUUCCCACACUCAUAUGCACACUGAAUUUUAAUUAGACUCUUGUUAUACUAGCCUGCCGGUAAGACCCGGACACAGGCAUACCUUGGGUUCUUGGCCCCGGAUUCCAACGAGGACUGCCCCUGAGGGGUCCUCAGAGACCUGCUGCCUCCCAGAAGACAGGCCCAAAGAUGGAGACCCCCUGCCUUGUCACACUUCCCCUCCCCUCCCAGGAUGGCUCUUUCCCGGGGUGGAGAAACCACAGAGAACUGCUGGGCGGGUGGGGCGUCCUGGCCAGCGCCGCCCCUGUACGUUGCCUGUAGACGUGUAUAUGACUCCUUUAAUAUUGUAAAGAUGCUGAUGUACAAUUGUCGUGUGUUUGUGUAAACACAUCAUGUUCCUAGUUCAUGCCAUAAAUGAUGCUAUAAAGCGAAAGACUGAGGCUCCAUCCUGUGCAGAAGCAGCAGCCAGGUUCCAGCAUUCAGAGCUGUGCAGGGAGGUUUGGGGAUGGGAUUCCUCCCACAGUUCCUUCAGUUCAAAUGAGGAAGAACCAGCGGUGGUAGCUGGGGCGGGGACAGGGACACGGGUCCCAAGCCUGCUGUUGUUUAUUUCAUUUGGGUGUCUCCUCACUGCUGUGCCUGUUCCCUCUGGGCAGCAGAGAUUCUGAAUUCUGAUUCACAGCCCCUAACCAGAUGCGGAAAGGCAGACCCAAGGUGUCGGGGGGCUUUUGAACCCAGUCUUCAAUGUCUGUGAUUUUUCCCUCUCUCUGGCUUUUGGUUGAGGUUCACGUCCUCUUUAGAGCCCCACAGAGCAGUAGGAGGAGGUGGCAGACCAUGGCUCAGGCCAGCCAGGGGACACACAGCCUGCAGCAUGGCGGCUACAGGUCACCCUAGCGCAGCACAAGACCUCAGUGCAUCUCUUUCCGAGGAGUUUGAACGUACUCACACAGGCCUCCAAUUUUAAUGAGCCGUUUUGCAUUUUUCCUCAAAGUCCUUAUGUUCUGACGGAUGAGGACCCUUUCCCAUGCCAGUAAGGGCCGCCAGCCUCGCCCUGCCUGGAGGAUGGGGCACAGUCACAUUAUCUGAGGCUGCCAUGUGGACACCAUCCCACCAUACAAUCGAAUUUACUGGACAGACCGGCCAGCCUCCUACUUUGCUCAGCUACAUGCCUAUAGUUGGCACGUGGGCAUUUUGGUAUCUGAGGUUCACAUCUGAGAAGAGGAGAGAGUGUUGUGUUGAUUAGAAAGGAAGUCUUGUGAAAACAGCUCAGUGCUGCAUGUGCUUAUGGGUUUUUCUGGUAUGAUAGCAGGCGUGGUUGCCGGUUGGUGGAGAUUCCCUAACAUUUUCAAGCAAAUUAUCUUUUUGAUUAAACCAUUGUGCUAAAAAAAAAAAAAAAAA